CGUUCGCUCGCUGCACAGUACAGUCGGUAAUAAGUUAUUGUUUCUAUGCGUCCGGUGGUUUUUCACGCGUAUCGCGUAAAACUCGACUAAUCAUAGUUGCGCGCUUAAUAAAGCAGUUCGGAGUUUGGUCUAUCUUGAACGGUAAUUGCAGGUGAAUGAUUUCCAGUUCCGUGUAAUACCCUUGGAUACCUACGGCGUGGGCAUUUGCUCGCAUCAAAUUGGCUGUUGAUAAAUUGUGCAGCAUUCUAAUACUGUGUGGAUACAUACCUACGUAUAGUUGCUUCCAGCAGAAAUCAAUAUCGGAUGGUGUACAGAUUGUGUGGUGCGAAAAAAAUAAACAAGUGCCCAAGAAAGGUGCUACUCUACCCGAUUCAGUUUGGUAGCUUUGUUAUCAUCAUUCUAAAAUUGGAAACACAACGAAGGGUGCCCCAACGAGGAUCGUGGCCGAGAGUGACAGUUUGAGGGUCGUCAUAUCUCUCAUGUGAUAAAUCUGGCAGCGAGACCGAAGUGAAGAGAGCAGUGUUGUGUAUUGAUAAUAUUGAAUUGUUAUCUGCUCCAGUGUGUUGAAAUUAGUUUUUUCUUCCUUGCUCCACACAAUUGGUUGUUUAUAUCUGGCGAAACUGAUAUUAGUCAGCAUUUGCCCGGUUUUAGGGCUUUCGAGAAGUUUCCAUUUUUAUUCCGGAAACCAACACGCGCAGGAUUGGAAGAUAUUAUUUUAGAAACGAAUUUCUCAGUUGUGAAAUCGGUGCCUAUAUUAAAAUGGAAAAUCCGCAGAAGGAAUCUGUGAUCGAAGUAGUGUGAGUGAUUCCUCGUAGUGCUAUUUGUGUGGAGAAUUGAUUGGUUAGAAGAGGAAAGCAACUCGCUCAGCAUUCCAAUACCACGUGAAUAAGUAUGUUGUUUUCGGGUUCUAAGUAGCCCGGCAGAUUGGGGGAACGAACUGUCACAAAACUGACAGAUGAAAGUGAGUUGAUUUUGUUGAUAACGACGACAGUUUCUCUACUCCUGGACGAUGCUGAAAAUGUACGCGUUAUCGUCGAUGUGAUACUGGCUUUUCGUGAUAAGAAUAGUGUAGUGUUUAUUGUUGAUAGCAACUGCAAGUGGAUUCAGACGAAGAGAAGAGAUUCUUUGUGAGUGAGCGGAUCGUGAUUCAUCUCAAGCUAUUGUCACUUUUGCCGGUGCGAGUUUAGACAAAUCAAUCGUUAAAAAGCUGUUAUUGGUGCCUGUGGCUACAAUGAGUGCCAGAUUUUUUUACAAAGUGCAUGAUUAUCUGUACAGCUUAGGCCGCAGAGAAGAUCUUUAGGGUAAAAUUCGGGACGUGACGAGUGAAGCCCUGGCAUAGGUACUGGGUUAGCGUCAAUCAGAUUUGCGUCAACGGGCGACAAUGGCAGAAGAAUCGACUGGAUCAAUUCCGGCCUGUCCGCCGUUGCCGAAAAAUCUGGUAGUUGCCGCAAGCCGUAAGCCUCCACCGGUUCCUCGUGCCGUAAAAAUGGACCGAGCGGCGAGAGAUCCUCCGACAGCCGUCAGUGGCAACAGUGGCAGUCACAGUCUGGUCGUUGUACAGUACAAGACCAGCGGCACACUGGCGGAUUCCGACUCCGAGCUGCUGUCGGUUUCGCUGGAGGACAUACUGAAGACGUUUAACGCACCAAUUUCCGAAGAUCAAGCCUGGGCGUUGAUCUAUCAAAGUGCGCGUAUGUUCAAGGCCAAACUAAUGGAGCCCGGCUUCCGGUUGCGAGAUUUGCGACUGCCACUCGAGACGAGACACCUGAAUGUGCAAAAAGAUGGAAGCUGUUUUGUAGCCAUCGGAGACAAAGACAAAGACACCUGCGUGGCAUCUUCACAGAAAAAGAUCCUUUUGAAACUUGGCAUCGUUGUCUACACUGCACUUGACUACAACCUGCCGUCGAACGAGGAUUGUCCCAUGUCCCACGAGUUGGAGCAGUUGAUUGAGUUCAUGACCGCCGAAGAUAAUGACGAUGAGGGCAUCGAGCACGAUUCCGAGGAACCGAUAACCGACGAAGAUGAGGCUGUCGUGGCAGAUCACGUAGACGACAACGAAAAUGACGAUGACCAUCGACAUCGGCGCAGUGGGAGUGAAAGUGGCGUUGGAGGCGUCGGCGGCGGCGGCGGCGGCGGCGGCGGCGGCGGCGGUAGCGAAAUCAUCCCUCGAAAUGGACCGGAUGGAGAUAGACUUCGCAAUCAUCAUUAUCAUCAGAAUCAUCAUCAUAACGGCGAUAUUAGUAAGAAACAAUCACAACCAGAAACCAAAGAAUUGGAUCGCGUGCUGGCGUCUUGCUCGUUACGUGUGUCCCCCCCAUCCAAGCCGGAAGACCACUACCGGGCCGUAUGCCGGGCACUAGCCACCGAAACCCUCGAACUAAGAACGUUCCUACAGCGUGUAUGUCAGGGCGACGCAGAAAUUCUCCGACUAAAGGCUCAAGCUGAAACGUCCGGAAAGGAGCUGGAGAAACUCCAUUUAGGUGAUUGGCCCGACGAGCUCAGGAUUUGGCAUGCAUUGCAAGCUCGCUUCUGGAUGCAGGUGGUAGACGAACUACGGCGGGGAGUGAGGCUGAAAAAAAUCAACUCCUCCCGAACGCCAAUCGAGUACGAGCUAACGCCAUUCGAAAUCCUGAUGGAGGACAUCCGGUCCAGAAAGUACAAUCUUCGGAAGGUGAUGGUCAACGGUGACAUACCGCCCCGAGUGAAAAAAGAUGCACACGCAGUUAUCCUGGAGUUCAUCCGAUCUCGGCCGCCGCUUCGUAAAGCUUCUGAUCGAAAGUUGGCACCCCAGCCACUGAAGCGAGUAUCCUGUCCGCGGGAGCAGUUGCUUGAUUCGAUCCGGAAGGGUCGGGUGCUGAAGCCGGUGCAUCCCAAGCUGAAAACAAGACGAGUUGCUUCUAUGAUUUCCAUCGUUUUCCCAGUGCUACCGUGCAAUUCCAUCACUGUAUUUUUACCAACCACACAAGUAGAUAGUGUAAAGAAAUCAUGUGAUGAAAUAGGAAAUAGUAGUAGCGGUAGCCAUAGUCAUAGCACAACAACCGUAUCAUCGUCAGCGUCUUCGAUGGCGACAGCAACGAGCUCCUCGGCGUCAGUAGCCACUCAACCCACGGUCAGCAGUUCAAAGCCCAUGACGAGAUCUUCCGCAUCGUUGUCACACGCAACGAUGUAUUCUAACUCGCCAAGGAACACCCUAAGACUGAUUCCAGUAGAUUUUUCACUGUUCGAGGAUGACGAUUUCAUAAUCGACACUGUUCCGAACGGUGACAUCAUCGAUGGAAGCACUGGUGGUGGUGGCAGCAGCAGCACUGGCACCAACAGCACCCUGCCAAGAUCGAAUGGCACCACUGGUAACGGGUAUGGCCGGUACAGUACGUUGGCCACCGGAAGCAAACGCCACGGCAACCCUGUGGGCGGAUCUUUCGUCACGAAUCUCAUCAAUAAUGAGAACAACCAGAACAACAUCAACACCGUGCUAAGGCGGACAAAGAAUAUCAUUACACAUGACGAGUACCAUAGGUUCUGUGAUAAAGCACUUGAAACGUACGAUUUGGCGACGCAGUGCGAAUCCCGCCGGGCUUCCAUGAGACGGCACACCAUUAUCGGCUGCAACCAAAACUACAAACUGGACCCGAUGAGUAGUCAAUCGGUACCACCCUCCAGGCCCGGAUCCCGACAGUCCGACCACGGACAAAACCAAUCCCAGACACAAUCACAGCAGCAACGACAGCGCCCUACCGCCAAUGGAACCAGCCGGCUUGCCAAGGAACUUGUCAGUAGCAGCAACAUGUCCUCGCUGGACACUUGGACCAAAAGUUCACUGGACGAAAACCAGUGGAAGGAUACAUUCAACCUGAACGACCGGCUCUCGCUAACCCUGGAGGAAAUCGUGCACAUUCGUUCGGUUAUGACCAAGGCCGAACUAGAGGGACUGCCGGUCGAUGUGCACAUUAAGGAGGACGUCGAAAAGCGCAAAGUUUGCUUUCUGUGUUUACGCACACGAUUCACCCUAUUUGCGCGGGGCAUCCUCUGCAAGCUCUGCCAGCGGACGGUUUGCAACAAAUGCAAUCAGAAGAUGCGAAUACCAACGGAACACUUUCGGAACGUUCCUGUGGUUCUCCUUUCGCCUUCGUUGAUGAGCAGUCCGUGCACUUCGAACACCCCGUCACCGAGUCACCAUGCCCAUGGGGGAUCCGGACCGCACAGUAUGGUUGACGAAUCUUUCCCGCGGUCACUGAUGGAACGGCUUCUGCGACCCGAGUUAGACCGGAAGACUCGCAAUACAGUUGGCAGCGCUCCAUCAUCACCAAAGAAUCAACGUUCAACUUCCAGCACGCCCGGCUCUAGCCUGCAGGGAGAGCCUCUCUCGCUUCCCAGUACUGCGAAUACAAACGGUGCCAAAGAUAGUACAACAACCAGCGGUCAUCAUUUGGCUAGUGGUGCUACCAAUCAGAAAAGUUCGAUUAUGUCCCGCAGUAUGGAAGGACCGCACAGUUUACCUCCGCAGAGCCCUGCUCGGCCGCACUCCAACAACAGCACCUUGGAUCGAAGUAUUUCCAGAAAUCGAUUCACCAAAGCGUUCACUCUCUCAGCGGCAGCCCCCGGUGCAGGUGGACCGAACUCCGCUCUCGAUCCCCAGAAGGAGCGACUGACCGGCGAAUUGAUGGCCGUUUGUAACGACUGUCGCAGCCUAGUGCUGGAGAUCAUCCGAUCGUCUCGACAAACACGGUCCUCUGCCCAGAACCAAGCGCUGCGCAAUCUAACACUGGACUUGUCGCCCGUCUACAAGCGCUAAGGUGUACAAGCAGCUCCGGAAUCACAUAUCUGUGUCUGUAUAAUUAUGUCUUUUGGUGUACAACUUUGAGUGCAAGUUGCGCACCUUCGAGCAACUUCUUCUUCGAACCGAGUGCUAUUCUUCGUGUAGCAUUUCCAACAUUUUCCAUUUCCAACCUUGAGGAAAAUCAAAUUUGAAACCCCAAAUCCCUAGCAGGGUCGUAACUGAACGCGAUUGAAUUCUAUUUAAUUUAUUUAUUGCUUAAUUUAUCUAACGAUCUCUGUACUCCUUGUUGUGCGAAUAGCACGAUCGCCGAGCACUAUUAAUUUGGGGUGCGAUUCGUUGUUUCACGCAGUCGAACAUGCGCUUUCGCAAGCCUAGCAACAAACUAGAGACGGAAAGAUCUCUUAGAAUUAUUACUUUUUAGGCCGCUUUUUUCCCGCUAUUUAGAAGAUCCAAACACGGUUGAAGUAAACUAUUGAUUUUUUAGGUGUAACUAUUUUUCGAUAAUUUCGCGUUGAUUUGAAUUUGAUUUUUCGCAAUCUUGGUUAUAUUUUUUUCACGUUCCUGCCAUCAGGCGCACCCGCGGUUAGGCAGCUAGCCCCCGCUGAGGCACUUUUUCGUAGCAGAAAGUUAAUUGAUUGAAGCAAAAUUAGUGUACGCACGUAACAGGCUUUAAAGUAAAGUUAUAAAUGUUUUAGUGUACUGUUGUUGCGGUACCGCGGGGCUCCGAACGGAGAUGACUGCUAGCGGACAGGCAAAAUCAAUUGUAGAAAAAAACGUAUAUUAAUUAUAAAUAGCCGUGACUUGUUGGAGUAAUAAAAGGAGAGAGCUAUUCUGUUGUAGCGGUGGAGUUGUUUCUUCGCAAAACAAGUCACGAGGACUUGUGUGUGCUAGCCGCCUUGUUCAGAAACUAAAGUACUAAACUGGACCACUUACUGAAGCAGUUUUUAUUCCUAACGUAUAUUGGUAAAACCCAGCUGCAUAAAAUUGUAUGUGUUCUUGUGUAGAAGUAUCAUUUGAUUGAUGAAAAAAUAGUUAAUUCACACGAAAACUCAUGUUAAAAUUGACGCAUAAUAUUCCAAUACUAUUAGCGAAGCCGUAGUCAUAGGAGGAAUUCCACGCAAACUCGUCUGUGCAGUUGUUAACGGCCUCUCGGAUUUUAAUGAAAGUUUGUGAACGUGAAUAAUAGUUUAAUUUGAUUUCAAAAUCGAAUAUUCAAUUAAUUUGUAUUUCUUUUAUAAAUCAAUUUGAAAGUUGUAGCUCAGAAAAUCAUUCCCUGUAAAAGGGUAUGGAUGGCUUUCGAGGUAUUAUGUGGACUUUUCAUAGGAUUUUUUUCGUUCUUUGACCAAAAAUUUGUUAGUGCUGCAGCUUUUGGGCAGAAUUUUUUGUAUAAACAAUUUUAAUUGAGAUUGAGUUUCACUGUAAUCUGAUAGGGUGCUUUUAAUAACUGAAUGGAAUUGCGUGAAAUCCCUUAUAAGAAACAUACAUGAUCAUAGAAAAUUUUAAAAGCUUUGGAUUCCGAUUGGUCUCUUUUUUACUAUUCUAUUCUGUAGUUAAGCUUCUUGUUGACUACAAGGGCGAAAAUUUUUUCAUUAAUCUUUGCUCAUUUGGAGCAGACACUUGUAAACUUGUUCAACAUCUAUAAUCAAGUAAAAAUUUCAUCCAAUGAUUGUAUGGAAUGUUUCGAAAUGGCUCUAAUAUUGCAUGCUUUCCUCAUUUCAUCCUACCAUAUGUAGACCAAGCACUGUAAAAACAACAUACUGUACAAGCCGUUACUGAAUAUCAAUGUUAAUUGACUUCAAAAUGAUAGACAAAAAAGGGGAACCAAAAUCGGUGCAAUGCAUUAGCGAAAUAUCAACGACAGUUGCAACAGGUGCUCGUGAACCUCCCAUCAAACUGUUAAAUCAUAUACCAAGUAGAAAAAAUAGCAUAUCUAAAUUAGAGGCAAAAUAAAAAAGGGAGUUCUUCGCAAGCUAGGAAAAAGGCAGUCACCGCAAAUUCACAGUAUUUUUCCCCAAACAUUUACACCCAUAGACAGAUGAAGAUCCCUUAAAAGAAAAGAAUCUAGAAAAAGUAUGCGAUUAUCACAACCGUACGCAUAGUGUGAGUAUACAAUGACGCACAGCAAUUGUAUUCUGAGCAUAAAGAAAAUGUUUAUAGGUAUAGAUUAUAAGACAGUGGAUUAUGUUAGUAUACUUUUUCUAGGCACUUUUUCUUUUCUUUAUGUGCUUAUUUGUACAGAGGCUAAGACUAAGGUACCUCCAUUGAAAGAAAAACAACACAUUGUUGAAUCACAACUUACACGGACUGCAAUGGUGUAUUUUUCGUCUUACGCAAGCAUCCCUUCGAUGUAAACUAUGCUUCGUGGAACGGAAAAUAACGCCGUACUUUCUUCAGCUCUUUCUACUAACCCAUUUCCACAUUUUCCGUUUACAAACGGAUAAGUAACAUAAAAAGGAUACUCAUAGACUUUAACAGCUUCACAUUUACGUCACGGCACGGUAGAAUGGUAUCGUUCUGUUGCGAGCAACUGCAACCUGUUAUUAGUUGCGUUUUUCUGUUGUUGUAAAUAAUUUUCCAAUAAAUCCAAAUAGCAACCGCUUGAAAAAAUAACCCUAUCGGAAACUACAAAUUUAUGAUUACUUUUACACAAGUAAGUACUAGUUUUUUUUUUCGUAUUUGACCAGUGCGGUUCAGUUAUAAAACAAAACAGUAAAUAGUAAUAGCGGAAUGAUUAAGGCAAAACAGUAAUUAAGUUGAUAUCUUAAUCGUAACCCUAUGGCUACAUUGAACAGAACCGUUGAUAGUUAUUGCAGUUUUAACUAGAAUUAUACAUAUAUCAAAGAGCUGUUGAAAUGAGAAAAAUAUAAUAUGAAUAAUAA